AUGCUCGACCGGAGUGAUACCACGGCCUCACAGAGCACCGGCGUGAAACAAACACAGCGUUGUGUUACGCCGUGCCUUAUUGCCCAUAGGUUAGGUAUUUAUGGAAAACGAAAUAAAUACAAUUUGGACUGUAGAACGUUAAUGAAUAAGGCAAUGUGGGACGAGCAUAAGUUAACGAUAAUACAGACAACCCAGCCACGCGUUGCUGAGGCUAAGGUCGGCAAACGAGCAGACGUAUUACCCGAUGAUGAUAGUGCGAGUGUGGUGCGAGAGCGGUGCCGGUUGGGCGCCGACUCACGUACCGGUGACUCCGCACACAAGCUGCCGCGAUGUCCUGGAAUGCUGUCGGGAACCAGGAGACGAGCCCUGCUUGCUGUUCAGCGUGCACCCUCAGCAUGGAGACAAUCGGAAAACGGAUCGGAAACACGGGCCCGGCUCGGGGUGGAAUAUCGGAAACUUCUGGAAACGACUUCAAUUCAUGUUUUACGAGACAACGAGUUGCCACUAGAAGUGGCUUCAGCCUUAGGACCCGAUGUCCAGUUCGUCCUGAAGUAUAUCGACGAUGACACCAUAAAACUGCCAGCCGAGGAGUGCCAAUCGAAUUAUCAGUUUCGUGCUGUGAACAUUUCAUUAGUCCGACCCGGUGACUGUCGCCUUAGCCCCUAA